AUGGCCCUUUAUACCAUGGCUCUCACCGCCCUGCUACUCCGCCCAGCACUUGGGUACACCCUGAACCUCUUACCCUCUUUCAGCAACUACACAGUCCCCGUCGAGCCCAUCUCCUUGCCCGAUAGUCUUGACGGCGCAAAGGCUAACUUCUCGGUCAACGCCCCCCACUUCCGACUUUUGGAACCUCAGCCUUUGGUGGUGCAAGUCACCGGAUCGUUCUCCAAUGGCACCGGGUUUCACAAGACUGUUGAAGCUACCGAUAGAGCCACGAUUACCAACGACGAGAAUGGCCGCGCACCCGCCCACUAUCUAUGUGCUUUAAACGAACCCGAUGUCAGCGAAGAACUCCUGCCUUAUGUCUGCUGGGCCAACGCUGUUCCCGGUGCCGCCGCAGAUGUUGACAUCACUAUUGACGGCGAGCGCAUCAGCUUCGUCAACGGCGUUGGUUACAACGACAAGAAGUGGGCCGAUAAGUCCAUCAUCAAAUCGCACAAGUUUCGGGGCUGGGUCCACGCACAAUUCGGCCCCUAUUUUGUGGUCUGGUUUGUGGUUACGGAGAAGGACAACUCGACUUGUUCGUACGCCUACGUCGCAAAGGAUGGGGAGCCUAUUCGUGUCGCGUGUAGCGCUGGAUCCGUGAAUGUCCAGCAGUGGGGAGGAUUGGCCGCAAAUCUACCGACCAUAGGACUGAACGAUGUAGACGGAUUGAUCGUGACGUUUAGCUUAGGAGACGGUCAGACAUUGGUGGCCAACGUUACCAAGACAACUAUUGUGCUUGAUGAAGUCGUACAUCAGCGCGCCAAUGGAGUCGUCUCAGGGCAAGUACUCGAUAGCGAGUUGACGUACGAUGGCUUCGCCCACUUCGAGGAUUAUAUCAUUGGUUUUAUCGAUGUCAAGGUCAGAGUAUGGGGGGGGCAUAAGCAUCGUCUAGAGGCUACAAGGUACUUACACAUGUAGAUAUCGGCACGUGCGGCGUCUGUUCCAGGGUACCUGGGUCGCAUCAAAAGUCGAAACAACACACCUUGCCU